GGUAGCGCAUGCGCGAGAGUACGCGUUGCCGGCGAAGUGGGGAGCCUGACGACUCGGAAAUUUGAAUACCACAGUAGCAUGGAGUGUGACCUCAUGGAGACUGACAUCUUGGAGUCGUUGGAAGACCUAGGUUACAAGGGCCCAUUGUUGGAAGAUGGCGCUCUGUCUCAGGCAGUCUCUGCUGGAGCCAGUUCCCCCGAGUUUACCAAACUCUGUGCUUGGCUGGUGUCUGAAUUAAGAGUGCUCUGUAAAUUAGAGGAAAAUGUGCAAGCAACUAACAGUCCAAGUGAAGCUGAAGAAUUCCAACUUGAGGUGAGUGGGCUUCUGGGGGAGAUGAACUGCCCAUAUCUUUCACUGACAUCUGGGGAUGUGACCAAGCGCCUUCUCGUUCAGAAGAACUGCCUCCUUUUGCUCACAUACCUCAUCUCAGAACUAGAAGCUGCCAGAAUGCUCUGUGUGAAUGCUCCUCCAAAAAAAGCUCAAGAAGGAGGCGGUAGUGAGGUCUUUCAAGAGUUGAAAGGCAUAUGUAUUGCUCUAGGAAUGUCCAAACCUCCAGCCAAUAUAACUAUGUUCCAAUUCUUCAGCGGGAUUGAAAAAAAAUUAAAGGAAACAUUAGCAAAAGUUCCACCUAAUCAUGUGGGAAAGCCUUUAUUGAAGAAGCCAAUGGGACCAGCCCACUGGGAAAAGAUAGAAGCAAUUAACCAAGCCAUAGCCAAUGAAUAUGAAGUCCGGAGAAAGCUGCUAAUAAAACGUUUGGAUGUCACUGUACAGUCCUUUGGCUGGUCUGACAGAGCUAAGAGUCAGACAGAAAAAUUAGCCAAGGUUUACCAGCCAAAACGUUCAGUCUUAUCUCCUAAAAGUACUAUUUCUGUUGCCCAUCUUUUGGCCGCAAGACAGGACUUGUCAAAGAUUUUAAGGACAAGCAGUGGUUCUAUAAGAGAAAAGACUGCCUGUGCCAUCAAUAAGGUGUUGAUGGGCAGAGUGCCUGACAGAGGUGGUAGACCCAAUGAAAUUGAGCCUCCUCCCCCAGAGAUGCCACCAUGGCAGAAAAGGCAGGAUGGCCCGCAGCAGCAAGCAGGAGGCCGAGGAGGAGGGAGAGGUGGUUAUGAACAUUCCUCAUAUGGAGGACGAGGAGGUCAUGAACAAGGAGGAGGGAGAGGCGGACGUGGUGGCUAUGAUCAUGGUGGCCGAGGGGGAGGAAGAGGAAAUAAGCAUCAAGGAGGCUGGACAGAUGGAGGGAGUGGAGGAGGAGGUGGCUACCAAGAUGGUGGCUAUCGGGAUUCAGGUUUCCAGCCAGGUGGCUACCAUGGUGGCCACAGUGGUGGCUACCAAGGCGGUGGUUAUGGUGGCUUCCAAACAUCUUCAUAUACAGGAAGUGGAUACCAGGGUGGUGGAUACCAGCAGGACAAUAGAUACCAAGAUGGUGGGCACCAUGGUGAUCGAGGCGGUGGUCGCGGAGGCCGAGGUGGUCGCGGAGGCCGAGGUGGUCGUGGAGGCCAGGGAGGAGGUUGGGGAGGAAGGGGGAGCCAAAAUUAUCACCAAGGUGGUCAAUUUGAACAGCACUUCCAGCAUGGAGGUUAUCAGUAUAAUCAUUCUGGAUUUGGGCAGGGAAGACAUUAUACUAGUUGAGGCUACAGAACCUUACAUUUUGCUAGAGCUCAAGUAAUAGAAACUAAGUUUCAGAAUCCUGAACCCAACAUCUGUUUUGAAUUAGUGUGAGACCACAGGUGGCAGGCAGAUUCCUGCUUGGCAUAAGCAUUUGUAGGUCUUCCUUCAAUUCUGUUGGUUUUGUUUUUGUUUUUUUAAUGGACUUAAAUAAUGCUGUUUAUUUAAGGAACACAUACAUUUCUCCUUUCUAUGAAAAACUUUUAAAAAGGUAAUUAAAAUUGCCUUUAGUUGUCCAGUAGACUAAUUCCACAGUUGGAUGGAACAUGCAUAAUUAUAUUGAAGAAAUUACUUGAAUAAGUAGUUUUCAUGUUUUCAAUAUGCAGUUUUGAAAAUGAAGAUUUGCCUGUACUUUUUUAGAUUUACUACAAGGAAACCUUCCUCAUAUUAACAAUCCAUUUGUAUGUGUUUCGCUUAAAAUAUUCUAACGCCUAUUUUCCAAGCACAGAUCUGCCCCGAUAGGCUUUUUAUUCAGAGGUUAGGCCACAUUUGCUUCAUGAUAGAACUUUUAUUUCAGUUCCUAUUAAAUGAGCUCUUCUGCAGAUAGCACAUUCAGUAGCCUUAUUCUGUUGUUGGAAUAUUGUACCAUAUGCUCAACUCUGAAAACCUUGAACACGGCCAAAAUCCAUAAAGAUUAUUAUAAAAGCAAACUAAGUUGUGAACCUAUAGUCCACGUAGGCAUUUAGUUAAGUAUAGCAAUUCAAACUGACCUGCAUCCAUCCAAAACAAGUUCCUCCUUCAACAUUAUUUUUACUUGAAAUCUGCUAGAAGAAACAGCAAACCAAAAUUUGUUUUAUGCAUGAGUUAAUACCACUGGCUCAGCAAAUACAAGUUAGUUUGCUUUAGUCAGGAGACUUCUUUUGUAAUAGAAGAAAUGCACUACAAAGUAAAACAGAUUUUUCCUUAGUGCAGGAGGCCCUUUAUUAUUGCUGCAAAAAAACAAAAGCCUGGCUAAGUUGAUGUUUUACGUUCUCCUUUACUGAAAUCUACAUGACAUGAUGCUUCUUGCUGGGUUUUUGUAUACGUAAACAUUGUCAAACUGUGAAAGAAAAUGGCUGGAGGUGUGCUUUGUGUGAAAGGUGAGCAAUAAAGUAUCUGUACGUUC